GAGCCGCUACUGGUGUGUCCGUCAGUCACAAACGCUCCACUGUCACUCGCCUUGGACGGCUUGACUAGGUUCCCUUGGGUUUAGCCUAGGUGGGGGAUUCUAGCGUGCUCAACCGCUGUGCGACUGCAACCCGUGGACCUUGGACGCCCUCCCCCGGUCACCACGCUCUGCUGCUGCACCGACUGCAACUGCAGGACUGCACGGGGGUUCAAGCGAGCAGUGUGUGAAGUUUGGUUCACCUCAACUUUGGCUUGGUGAGGUACUUUUCGGUGUUCGAGGGCCUGUCGACCUUUUUCACUGCAACCCUCAGGCACGAGCACAGGCUCAGGCGCAGGCACAGGUCUCUUCCCAUUCGUACCUAUCCUGCCAGGACCAGAGGUGUUCUCUGUUCUCCCGCCCUGUCCCGGCUCCUCGAGCAAGGUUCGCGCCACCCGCUCUUUCUUCUCCACCCCGCCCACCAUCGCUGGACCUUGCCAUACAUACCACACCGGUCCGCCUCAGCCCAAGCCUGUCCGAACUUCCUCCUCCCACCUUUCUCUUCAACCACAGUCGUUCCUUUUCGCAAACACCAGCCGUCCUCCGGUGGUGGGGGUUGCGCGCUUUCGAUUUUCCCCCGAUAAGCCCAUACCUAAUCACGAGCCAUUCGCCAGUAAACAAGACGAAGAAUCAUUCCGUCCGUCUGGCUCGUCGCGACGACCUAUUUCCUUGAUCCUACCUAUCUACAGUAUUGCGACGACGAUUCCCGGCCGUCCAGACGACCCAUCCACGAAUAUCAUAACACGAAGCGACACUUGCGACGAAAUUUACCACGAUUACCAAGACAACGUUUUCUUUUUCUCUAUUCCACUCGACCAAUGUUUUGACGAGAAAGCGGUGUUGAAUCGCACGACCCUCGAAUCCAGCCGAGGCCGUCGCAUACCUGAUUGCAAUUGACUGAGCGCUCCAUACCAGCUACAGGAUCUACAUUGGUUAAGCAGUACACGACCUAGGUAGUGUGUUGGACAUAUUUUGUGUUGCACACUAAGUAUCGCGCCCAUUCUGCGCGACAGCCGUUGAGGUCAAUCGAAGCCCUUUGAGGCUCAGGGACGUUACCACGCGCUCAAAUAUCACUUUGUCUCAAAUUUGCCGCCACAAGAACAAUCGGAGGACCACGUCGCCUUUGUCCUUGGAGAGACGUUCGCCAAACGGCUUAGAAAUCGCGAGGCCUACCUGCCGCUAGCAUUUUUCCAAGAGGUCGCGACAUUCCUCGCCUCUUUAACUCCGCCAACAUGAACCCUCAACAUUCCGGAGCGGCGACACUGCCCAAAGGCUUUCGCUUCCAUGACCCGGAUCAGCAAAAUCCCAAAACACCGGAGCCUUCCGCCAUGGACGAGGAGCUUCAGCCACCAUCGCCGCCGCGUCCGCGGUUGAGACUGAAAAGGCGCGUCGCAUCCAACUUGAACGCUCCAACGACGCACUUCCUCGCGUCAGUUGCUGCCGCCGACGUCCCGAUUCCCAGCAUCGAAGAGCCCGAGUCGGCUGGUCCGGACACGCAAACACAAUUUUCCAGCAUGACGUACCCGGUCAUUCACAAUCUCAAUGACUUGAACGAGCUCGCCUUACAUAAACUUCGCGGAAGGCGUUUUUCUCCACCCAAGACGCCAGCACCUGGCGCCGCUCCCUCACUAUCCCCUAGACGGUAUCCCAACUGGUCCAUCGACUCUGCCUUCAGUAGCGGCGAGUCUACCCCGGAAUGCGAGUCCAGUCGGCCAUCUACCGCACGGUCCACGCAAACCAGCGCUUCCCUCUUCAGUCGCUUCUCCCUCGCAUCAGAAGACCUGCAGUGCAUCAGCCCAGAAACUGACGCGUCGGACCAUGUCAAACACUCAUUCUUCGACGCUGUUGAAGAGCCUACCGAACAUUCUGCCUCAUCCAAACCAAAGGCAAAGAGGAGAAAGGCCCCUUGGACGAAGGCAAUGAGUGACCACCUCUGGGCUACCUACCUUACUUAUUUACAGGACCCCAAGGUCACGCCGUUCCGUACCGCUAAGAGUGGCGUGCCACCUCACGGGGUUUGUCUUCGCGUUGCGAGGGAAGCGAAGCGAAGCUGGAGAGGUCCCAAGGGUGGAAGAAAGUCUCUCAACCCCAAGAGCGGAAGCAGCACUCCUACUAUCGAGACCUGCACCUUUCUCCAGUGGCCGCACACUUGCGCUUCCACCCGAGCUCACUUGAGAGACCUUUGCAAGCUCAAAGCCGCUUCAUCAUCGGCCCGCACCAGCAAGUUCCUCGCCAACAGCCCGACACCUUUCGGCAGAACGGCCGCGCGAUUCUGGAACCGAAGAUCCACACCGGCCCGGUCCCCAUCCGUCUUCUCAGCUCACGAUAUGACCAUGUCGCUUACUCUGAGCACUUCAGAAGCCAUGCAGCCUCAGGGUCCUUUGGCGCAACUUACCAAGUCGGAACCCGAACCUCCUGCUCAAGAAUCAAUGACCGAGCCAUUCCCACUAUUCCCCAUGGAGUUUUCUAAGGCGGAUGCUCCUCUCGAAGACCGCCCGCGACUGGGGACACCUUUCAUGGCCAACAGCUACGGGCCCAGCUCAACAGGUGCGCUGGCUGCUGCUGUCUCUUCGGUACCUCAAAGACAGAACCAAAGUCUUGGCCAUAGGCGCACGUUGCAGUCGCCGGCGCGUCUGACCAGAAGUCGAUCGAACACGCAAAAGCGAGUUGGCCGACCCAGACAAGCAUCUCAUGAACCGCGCAAGACCAAGCGACCCAGUCUUGUUUCCGACCUCUGGACUGAGCCGAUGCCUUCCGAGAGUCUACCCAAGACACCGGUCAAACCAGAAGUCGAAUUCAGCUCCACGGAUAGGAACUCACACGACGACCUUUUUGUACCUCGUACAAGUCUCAGUGGGCUCUUCACAGCCCCAAUGCAGAUACCUGCGUCCAGGCUUCAGCCUGCCAACCUACCUGAUCCCUUCUUGGCAGCACCAACCGCACCUCCUGCGAGACUCGGAUCACCGUUUCCUGGAACCAAGACUAGCUUUUCCUUCCCGAAUCGUUUCACACAGCCAGAAGAGUUUGAUCAUGGCACCAUUCGCCCGUUUGCUACGAUCCAGCAACAAGCCAGCGGGGAUGGUGGCUCUGCUCCUCCUCGUAACCUGGCUGACCGCUUGGCUUACAUUGACGAACGUCUUCGCAACUUUAGACGCCGAGACAGCAAUCGCCGCCGGUCUGAAUCACCUUUCUAGUGAAAUAUUUUCUUUGUACAUGUUGCUACGCCCGUUACUCUCACGACUUAUGAGUCCAUGCGAGUUAUCUGCUCGAUACCCCUGUGGAGAUACUCCUGCAAGGACAUACCCCUCGACUGGUACAUAGACGACAGCACGCUUUGAUGAUGGCCCCGAUAUUUCCUUGCUUCACUUCUUACGGACACAUUUGCUUCACAUAUCGAGAGGAGGAUACCCUUCCUGGCUUGGAGGACUACUUAAUGGCCACUUUGCUUGAGAUGGUUCGCGAUGUGGAUGACAUCUCCUUUGUCUUUGUUCACAGCUGUCGGUUCUCCGCAGCUCGGCUUCUUAUUGACGAUGGACAUGAUGAAACGACAUUCGGCAAGGACGUCGGAUAUUAUGUACGUAUCGACGACCGGGCCUCAUAUGGGGUUCCGGGGCGUUGUUUGAGUGGGAAACUCACCUCAAAGAUGAGGCAUUCAAAUGGAACAGAAAAGAGAAAAAAACUCAGUGAAGAGGCAG